AUGGGGUUACUGGCGUUGCAGAGGUGGUCAUUCUACAAGCAGCCAACCUUUGACAUCGACGAGGCGUCCCUCGAGCGCCGCUACAAGCUGCUGCAGUGGACGCUGCACCCGGACAAGGCCGUCAGCCGCACCGCCGAGGAGCAGGACUUCUCGGCCGGCCACGCGUCGCAGAUCAACCAGGCGUACGGCGUGCUGCGGCGGUCGCUGUCUCGGGCAAACUACCUGCUGAUGCUUGCGGGCGUCCCGGCCGGCGACCAUUUCGAGGGCACACUGGAGGAUCCUGAGCUGCUGAUGGAGGUCAUGGAGGCGCGGGAGCGGGUGGAGGGCACCAGCGACCCCUCGGAGCUGCGGGAGCUGCUGGCGGCAAACCGGUCCGACCAGCGGCGCGUGGAGGGCCAGCUGUCGGCCGCGUUUGGGGCAGGGGACACCGCCCGCGCCGCGGCGCUGGUGGCGCAGCUGACAUACUAUGUGCGGCUGGAGGAGGCCAUUGUGGCCAAGUUGUGA